CUUCAUCAGACCGCUAAACAAUUCAAUUCAGUCCAAGUCGUUUCAGUACAGUGGCUCGUUGUCAAGUCGGCUCAUUGGUGAACAUGAAAGCCCUGGUCACAAUUCUACCUUUACUGCUGGUUGCCGUUCAGGCGGGCGAGCUGUACCACCACAACCAGCUGGAUGGCCAUUCACUUGACUUAUCCCUGGGAGGUCACAGCGGUCUUUCAUUGGGUGGUCACAAAGAUCUUCAUGACAUAAAACUCGGAGGUUACACUGAUGGUCUGGCACUUGGAGGACAUGGUGGUGCUUUGGAUGCUCACUCCUUGGGUGGUGGCUACUCACAUGGAGGACAUGGUGGUGCUUUGGAAGCUCACUCCUUAGGCGGUGGCUACUCACAUGGAGGAUAUGGUGAUGCUUUGGAAGCUCACUCCUCGGGUGGUGGCUACUCACUUGGAGGACAUGGUGAUGCUUUGGAAGCUCACUCCUUUGGCGGUGGCUACUCACAUGGUGCAGAAGUAAUCCAUAAAGCUCACCACCCUAAGGUUAUUGAAGUAGUCAAGCAUGUGCCACACGUGAUCAAGGAGUUGAAGUACAUUCCACCACCAGUGCCUGUAGUGAAGCAUGUAACCUAUUUCAAAAGUAGUUCCCUUGGAGGCCAUGGUGGUCACGGAUUUGGAGGAUAUGGACACGGUGGCCAUUUUGGAGGAUAUAAACACGGUGGUAUUUCCCAUGGAAUUUCCGGCAAUUUCAUUCAUUUCGGUGGUCUUGGACAUCAUGGUGGACAUCAUAAAGGGCACGGUCAUCAUGGUUAUCCCAUCGCAAUUUCGGGACAUCUUCCUUUUGGACAUCAUGGUGGACACUACUAGAUGGAAGAGAAUUGUAAAGAAGUUUGUGAAUUUAUUCACAGAUUAUUUAUUUUGUAUUUAUAUUAUUGUAUGUAUAUAUUGAGAUAUGUAUAUUUACCAUCUGAAAAUUUUCACCUUUACUAAACAUCAAUCUCGUCGUGCUCAUCUCGUGAUGCAGAUAUCAAUUUAUGCGCUUGCUUAAAAACUUUAAAUCCACAUUAUAUGAGUGUAAUAGUAAAAUGCAACAAAAACUUUUAGGACCAAUAACAACAAAAUAGUUUUCGAUAUUCUUUCCGAAUUUUCGAAGUGAAGUGUAACAGUUUAAAAGACGCGUCAUUUCAACACAAAUUAUCAUUCUAAUAAUCAUUUUGACUACUGUCCAAAUGAACAAAUAGGCCCUAGCUUUUACUGUUGUGCUUUAAAAGUGCGAAAUAAAUCUAGAAUACAUUUUUACCUUCCAUUUCUUCAUUGCAAUUUAUUCUGAACAUUUAGUUUAAUUGCAUUCAAAGUAAAAUAUUUAUAAACAGAGAAGAUCAAAAAUAAUGCAUGUUUCUUUGACACGAUUGCAAUUUUUUUGAUAAUUAAGAAACUUUUUAAAUUUGUAUAUAAAAUGUUAUUCGGACAGAAGUUGAAAGAUUCUUGAGCAAUUCAUAUAAUUGAUUUUAUUACUUAUCAUUCAAAUGAAAGCAUGUUUAUUAUUCUUAUAAUUUCGAUAUUUCCACAUAGCCACUACGUUCGUGACCAUUGUCAACAAGAAAUCAUGAACUCUAAAUACUUGUCUCACUCAUAUCUGCAUUAAAACGUUCUGUACCUGCGCAAUAUACAUAGAGUUAACUUGUGUACUUCUCAGUUACUACAUUUUCAGUUUGUUACUAUAGAUAGAAAGAGCUUAUUCUUGUACAAUAAAUACUUACUUGUAUAAUAAAUAAUAAAAUAAUUAUAUUCUUUA